AAAGGAAGUAGCAGUUUUGGGCAAGUAGGCCUCGCUGCUUUAAGUUAUUAUGGGCCUUCGUUAUUGGGCUUACAAUAAAGUUGUUGGGUUAAAUUUUGAAGCAAUCCAUCAGAAGCUGCUACUUGGCUACCAGUACCACUGUCGCGUACGGAUCAUUCAAAGAUGGCGGUGGCUGACGGACGACGCGACGACGACGAAGACGGCGCCGCUCUCUUCGAGGAAGAAGGCGUGGACUUCGCCGACGACAUCGAUCAUUUCGAUACACCUAUUCAUCUCCGUCCCCUCGUUUCCGCUGCCGAGUCUGGCGACCUCGACGCUCUCCGCCAAGCCCUAGAUGCUUUUGAUGGUAACAUUGAUGAAAUAGUGGAAGAUGGUGAUACUGUGCUUCAUCUCACAUGUCUCUAUGGCCAUUUGAAUUGUGUACAGUUUUUGUUGGAAAGAGGAGCUAACUUGGAGGCAAAGGAUGAGGACGGAGCAAUUCCGUUGCAUGAUGCCUGUGCUGGAGGUUAUCUGGAAAUUGCCCAACUUCUUUUAAGCUCAGCAAAUGAUCCAGAUCGUGUGAAGAGAAUGUUGGAAACUAUUGAUAUGGAAGGAGACACACCUCUUCACCAUGCUGCUAGAGGAGAGUACGCCAAUGUUGUGAGGUUGUUGCUUGCUUAUGGAGCUUCUCCAAGUACCACAAAUUUAUAUGGGAAGACUCCAGCUGAACUUGUUGAUGCUGGAACUGAAACUAGGAGCAUACUGGAAGAGGCUACAGGUGCUCUACUUGGCCACUAGACCUAAAAAUUCUGAUGGCAACUGCCUGCUGCGUUCAUUUAUAAGCAUGUAAAGGAUUUCUAGUGCAACCUGAACCUACUAAUUUGAAUUACUAGGUUCAACAUUGAGUUCAAAAGAUGAAAUUGGAUACUUAAAUGUCCUGAGAUGCUGCUGCUCCCUAUAAUACAAUCAGAAUUUGGUUGA